AUGGCGUCAGGCGAGAAAACAUCAUUUACUAUUGGGACCCGCAAAUCGAAGCUCGCCCUCUUGCAAACCGACAUUGUUCAAAAUGCCUUGCAAACUGCCUGGCCUGGCUGCGAAUUCGAGAUCCACAGUCGCCAUGCCGCCGGCGACCUUAAUAAAGUCACUCCCUUGAGAGAAUUCACAACUAAAAAUCUUUGGACUGAGGAAUUGGAAGAACUACUUAUUCAGAAAAAAUUAGAUCUUGUAGUGCAUUCUCUUAAAGAUGUUCCCACCCAAAUUCCCUCCUCCUGUGCGCUCGCUGCUAUAAUCACUCGCGAAGAUCCAAGAGAUGUUCUUGUCGUUAAGAAAGGCCUAUCUUUUAAGACUCUAGCCGAACUUCCUGCCGGUUCGGUGGUAGGAACAUCCUCGGUGCGUCGUAUAGCUCAAAUUGGGCGUCACUAUCCACACCUGAAAGUCCAAGACGUUAGAGGUAAUAUCGACACUCGACUGGCAAAACUCGACGACGAAGAUGGCCCAUUUACAUGUUUAAUACUGGCUGCAGCCGGCUUAUUGCGAUCCGGCUGGGAGGCGCGGAUUACGCAGUAUUUGGAUUCUAAAAACGGCAAAAUGCUUCAUGCUGUCGGACAGGGGGCCUUGGGAAUUGAAAUUCGUUCUGAUGACGAACGGAUGAAAGAAAUGAUUGAAAAAAUAGGAGAUAAAAAAUCUACGUUCGCAUGCCUUGCGGAAAGAAAUUUGCUCAGGGUUCUUGAAGGUGGCUGUAGUGCCCCUCUGGGUGUUGAAACGGAGUGGAUUCAAAAUGAACAUGGCGAGGAGUUUCUGAGAUUAAGGUCGAUAGUAACCAGCGUUGAUGGGCAAGAAGCGGUGGAAGUCGAAAAGGACUGCAAAAUUAUGUCAAACGAGGAAGCAGAGGCUUUUGGAAAAGAUGUCGCCAUGCAUCUCGUUGAGAACGGUGCUGGGAAGAUACUUGAGGAUAUCCAACAAAAAAAGAAAUGGUAA